UCUUCUUCUCUCUAGGUUUUGCAAUUAAAAUUUCAAAACAAUUCAAUGGCUUCUUCGUCUUCAAUUGUGGAGGCUUCGGCUAAGAAGACGAUUGUUUUGAUCAGCAAAGAAAAGCAGAACUUCGAAGUAAACGAAGCCGCAGCUAUGCUUUCGAACACCGUGAAGAACAUGAUUGAAGACGGCUGCACCGAGGGUGGAAUCCCGCUGCCUAACGUCGAUUCGGCGACGCUCGCGAAGGUGCUCGAGUACUGCAACGCCCACGCCGCCGCCGCUGCCGCCGAUGGGGAUUUGAACAAGUUCGAUUCCGAUUACAAGAAGAGCCUCGAGGAUGAUCGUGUACAGAACAUGUUGUUUGAUGUCAUUUUGGCGGCAAAUUACAUGGAUAUUGCAAGUCUUCUGAAUCUGACGUGUCAAUUGGUGGCGGAUAUGAUGAAGGGAAAGACUCCGGAGCAAAUACGCACAAAAUUUCACAUAAUAAACGACUAUACUCCAGAAGAAGAAGCUGCGGUUAGACGGGAGAAUCAAUGGGCGUUUGAAUAAAUUCAUGGCACUCUUUUACACUUAUUUUUUACUUUUUGGAUAUUCUAUUAUGUUAUGUUUAGUACUACUAUUUUUACUAGUUAUCACUUUC